AUGAACACCCCCCCCCCCGGAAGCACUCGACGACAGUCUGCGUCGUCUCUUUCGGAUGUCCUCUUUUGCAAUUGUGACGAGUAUGAUGCUGAUCAGAGGGUGUCUCUAGCCGCCGAGAAUCUUGUGGGCUUCUCCACCGCGCAACCGAAUCUCUUCAAGGCGCAUCAAUUACUCCCCAUUCGAGACUUGAAGCUGCUCGCCAAGGACUACACUCCUAUUGCCAAAAAUGCCUUGACUAUGCUCAUCAACCUUUCCAGCGACCAGGAGGUUCUCGAGUGCUUGGCCAGCGAUGACGAGUUUCUCGGAGUCGUGCUGAGGAAGCUCAUGGACGUGAAAGAACCUAAUGCCGACGAAUUCACCAUGCUGCUGGCCAAUCUUGUCAAAUCCCCGCACCUCAGCAAGCUCCACACCAUGAAGCGCAAAGCGCCCUCUGAUGUCUCCAGCUCCGAGAACGCCAUCGAUCAGCUGAUGGACUGCUUCGUCAAGGGUGCUGAGGGCGGGUUGAACAAAAACGCCAACUUCGACUACCUAUCCUACAUUUUCGCCGAUCUGUCGCAGACGGAGACGGGGAGAGCCUACUUCACAACUCGCCAGGAGUACGACGGAGUGGUCCCCAUCACCAAGUUGACCGUUUUCACCGAACACAAGAGCGAUAUUCGACGAAAGGGGGUCGCUUCAACCAUCAAAAAUGUGGCCUUUGAUGUCGCUUCACACCCCAUGCUCUUCAGCGAAGACGGUGCCAACCUGCUUCCCUAUUUGCUGCUCCCGAUCGCCGGCCCGGAGGAGUUCUCCGAUGAGGAGAUGCUGUCAAUGCUUCCUGAUUUGCAACUCUUGCCGCCAGACAAGAAGCGCGAGAGCGACAACACCAUCCUCACCACUCACGUGGAGACCCUGCUUUUGUUGACGACCACUCGCGAGGGUCGCGAGAAGAUGCGCGAAGUUCAGGUGUACCCCUUCAUUCGGGAAUGUCAUCUUCACGUGGCAGAUGAGGAAGUGCAAGAGGUCUGUGAUCGAUUGGUUCAGGUCAUCAUGCGCGACGAGGAGGGUGAAGGGGACAAGACCGAGGCGGAAUUGGCCAAGGCUCAGAAGCAGAUUGAGCCUGCGCCCGAAGCCAAGGCCACGAACGAGGAUGAGCAAGUGGUGGAGUUGUUCUGA